CCCAGAGUUGCGAAAUCUUGCGGCCCAAGCUUCAAACAAAAGAACCAUAGAAGCCCACGACCACCCCGUAACACACAAACACAACCAAGAACCAACAGUGCGCCUCCCUCCCUUCCUCCCUCUCACGCACCGACCCACUUUCUCUCUCCUCUUUUGCCGUCGACCAAACAACCAACCCGGGCCGUGCUACAACCUGAGAUUUUCUCUUCAACAAGCUAUUCGACAUGAGAAAAUGCGCUUUCCUAAAUCUUCCCACCAAUUUUUUCUCAUAGUUUUCCUACACUUCUUCGGUAAUUUGCUUCCCCAAUGUCAAGACUUUUGAUGUUUGGAAAAAUAAGGAGGGCUGCACAUUCCAUAUUAAAAUCCCGUGGAAGCAGCAAUUUGGGAUUAAAAAAGGAUGGAACAUGUCCCCUCUUCCAGCCAUGUGUGCCACAAUAUAGAGUGUAUUCACAAUUCAGACACAAUUAUGGAGGAUACAUGCCUAAGCCUAAUAGUUUGUAUAAACAUCCACGAUUUUCUCACAAGAGUGGCUCUCCAAGGAACUAUUCUUCCACAUAUGCAAGUAACACUAUGGCACAUCAUGCUCAAAAUGCUUGGAAACGAAUUUCAAAAAUGCGCUCUUCAAAUGGUUCAACACUUCCCGCCAUAAGUAGAGCUGCUGGCAUAUUCAGCAUAGCUUCAACCAAGUCUCACCUUUUGGUGCCGGGUAUUUUCACCUUAAUAUUUGGGGAGCUAGCGUUAACCCGAACAGCAUCUGCUGAAUCAGACUAUCUUUCCUCUAGUAAUGCUGUUGUUACGCGUGCACAAGAUGGGCAUGCCUACAUGAGCAGGUUGAUUCUGAACUUACUAGAGGUCCUAAUUUUGCUGCUAAGAGCUGUUUUUCUGGCAUUAUUAUUUUCACCCAGCAUAGCCAUGGCUCCAUUUGCAGAUAGUUUUGGACCUAAUUUCAGACGUAUUUGGCUCCACACUGUGCAUCGUACCCUGGAAAAAGCUGGCCCUGCAUUUAUAAAAUGGGGUCAGUGGGCAGCUACACGACCUGAUCUAUUCGCAAGAGAUUUAUGUUCUGAGCUUUCAAAGCUUCACUCAAAAGCUCCAGAGCACAGCUAUGCUUAUACAAAAAGAACUGUUGAAAAGGCCUUUGGUCGUAAACUUACUGAGAUUUUUGAAAGUUUUGAUGAGAAGCCUGUUGCAUCUGGAAGUAUUGCACAGGUGCACCGAGCUGUGCUACGCUUCCGACACCCUGGUCAAAAGACCAAGCCCACUGAAGUUGCAGUGAAGGUUAGGCAUCCAGGAGUUGGUGAUUCUAUUAGGAGAGACUUUGUUAUUAUUAAUGCAGUAGCAAAAGUUUCAACACUUAUCCCUACACUGAAGUGGUUGAGACUAGAUGAAAGUGUCCAGCAAUUUGCAGUUUUUAUGAUGUCACAAGUUGAUCUUUCCAGGGAAGCUGCUAAUCUUAAUCGGUUUAUAUACAACUUUCGGAGAUGGAAGGAUGUAUCUUUCCCAAAACCUCUCUAUCCACUCGUGCAUCCUGCAGUUUUGGUUGAAACUUUUGAGCAUGGGGAAAGUGUGGCACAUUAUGUUGAUGGGUUCGAUGGGCAUGAACGCUUUAAAACUGCUCUGGCUCACAUUGGCACCCAUGCUCUUCUGAAGAUGCUAUUGGUGGAUAAUUUCAUUCAUGCCGACAUGCAUCCUGGAAAUAUUCUUGUCCGACUAAAACAUAAGCGUAAGGGGGAGGCAAAAUCAAAGCCACAUCUCGUUUUCAUUGAUGUAGGCAUGACCGCUGAGCUUGCAAAAAAUGACCGUGUAAUUCUGCUGGAGUUUUUCAAGGCUGUUGCUCACCGGGAUGGACGUACUGUAGCUGAGCGCGCACUCCAACUAUCAAAACAGCAGAGUUGUCCAAACCCAGAGGCGUUCAUACAGGAGGUAAAGAAGUCUUUUGAUUUCUGGGCUACUCCAGAAGGUGACCUGGUUCAUCCAGCAGAUGCCAUGCAACAGUUACUUGAGCAAGUUAGACGUCACAAGGUGAACAUUGAUGGCGACGUGUGCACUGUAAUUGUCACUACUUUGGUCCUUGAGGGUUGGCAGCGGAAACUCGAUCCAGAUUAUAAUGUGAUGCGUACGCUUCAAACUUUGUUGUUCAAAGCUGAUUGGGCAAAAUCUCUUUCGUACACUAUUGAGGGGCUUAUGGCCCCGUAGAAAUUUGCCUCCUGCUACUAUACUACUAGCUGCUGCUAAAACACAAUUUUGACGGAUCAUAUACUUCUAUACAUAGUUUCCCCCAUUAAAUAAGCUUAAUUUAGCUUAGGUCACGUUUGAUCAUCUUUCUUCUACCUUCUCCAGUUGGUCACAUAUAUAAUUUUCGUUUCAACUUUGUUCUGAUUUUUGAUGUUCAUCAAGUGAUAUAGAGAGUAGCACUGUAAUAGUUUCCCGGGAAAAGGGUUUCUAGUUUAACAUUUAUUUGGCCUGUAUAUAAUCAGAUACAUUAUGCAUUCAUUUUGACCCUCUCUUCGCA